AUGUUGGUCAGAUUCUCUAUGGGAAAAUGCAACACGACCCGGGGUUUGUGUUUGCUCCUAUUUAUUGCCGUAGUGAUAUCAUUGGUGAUGGCAUCAUCUGCCGCAUUGUCCAAACACGCAGAUGAAGCGAUGUCGUCAAGCGUUUUGGUCAAAGAUCAAUCGCCUCCACUAUCGGCUAUUAGGAAGAACUCGGAUGCGUGCCAGGACGCCUGUCUGUGGAAAUCAGGCAUCAAUGGAUCGUGGGUUCAAGACUUUGAUUUUGCCAGAGAUCAUGGGCAAUUUGAGAAACCAUUGGUCAUCAAAGACGGGCCCUUUCAGAGAAGGACUGCUGGCGCAUUCCAACCUUCGGAGGAUGCUCCAUUCCCUUGGAGGACCAGCUGGAGAUGGGUCGAUCAUGAAUCAGAUUGCCAAGUUGACAUUUUGACUUUGGACAAGUUUUGCAAGGUUUUGCAGAAAUUGAAUGUCCAACGAAUACUCUUCUUUGGUGACUCGCUCACUGAUGCAAUGUACACCGGUUUGGCAAAUAAAAUUGGUCAUGCCAAUUUUCGACUUAACCCAGACAACCAACGGAAUGGUUCCAUGAUUUGUCCAGUUGGAGGAGUUCACGGUGCUGAUGAUAGGAUAAUUCCAGUGUUUGACAAGAAGGUCUCUGCCGACAAGGUCCGACCAAAUACAACACGAAAGAUGAUUGAAUUUGAUCACGAGGUUCGUCACUUUCUCGACAUUUCACCAGCGGAUCGGGUGUUGGCAGUCUUCAAUAUAGGAGCACACUAUCACGACGUGAAUCACUAUCGACAAGAUCUGGGUGUUAUGCUGAAUCUCUUGUCAAAUAUGAACCGAUCCCAAGAUCUGUACAUCUUUCGCGCAACUAGUCCCGGUCAUGAAGGAUGCUUGCCAAGAACUCGAAAAUUCGACUGGAAGGUUGGGACUCGGAUUGUCCCCCUCGCCAAGUUUGAGGACUACAAAGUCACAGUCGGGCACCAGCACGACUGGGACAAGUUUGAAGGUUAUAAUAAUUACACGAAAUACGUUUUGCUCGAGCACAACAGAAAGGGGUUGGGUCCAAUCUAUCACUAUCUGGACAUUUUCAAUAUGACGGCACUCCGCCAUGACGCUCAUGCUGCCCCAGCAGAUUGUCUGCACUUUCAGGCUCCUGGGCCUGUCGACUGGUGGAAUCAUUUCCUAUUUACCUAUUUAUCACGAUUAUCGAAAGAUGGCCAGCUGCGAGGCAAAGGAUCUAUGAGGGAGAUUCCAACCAAUUGCCGACGGUCCUCCUAA